AUGCAAAUCACACCUGUUACACCUGUUUGGCUGAAUGGGCGAUGGUCCAUGCUGGAAUUUAGGGUGGAAGGAGAGCAGACGCAGGAGACUGGAUGGUGGGACGAGGUGGAUUGGAGCCAUGGGCUCCUCAGGUCCAAGCCACAAAGACUCUCGGCAGACCCAAGAUGGAGUCCCACCACUGAGAGUGAAAUAACUGAGGCUCAAGUGCCAGCUAAUUUCCUGCCUUAUGGGCAUGGAGACACAGUAAAUCCCAUUUCAGAUGAUGGAAGCUCUGGAGCCAUUUCCUUGCAGCAGCCUUUCAAAUACUUUGGACGUACACACAGUCGUCUCUUUGUGAACAACAAUGGCUUCAUUACAUUUACAGAGCAGAUGUUUUCCUACGUCCCCUUUCUGAACUCUAGAAGAGAUAUCAUUGCUCCUAUGUGGACUGACCUUGACAAUAGACGUGGUGGAACUAUCUCCUAUCGAGAGGAUACAAGCAGUGCUGUACUGGUGCAAGUCACUGCAGCUGUUAAACAAUAUUUUCCUAACAUACCGUUUACUGCCACAUCAGCUUUUGUGGCUACUUGGGACAGUGUGCCGUACUACAGUGGUGGAGGGGCUGGUUAUUAUACAAUGGACUCUGUCAAUUCUUUCACAAUUCCAGCAGCAGGUGUCCCAGAGCUCUCUUCUAGCAGUAAUAUUAAUGAGAACGGUCGCUGGUCUUUCCGUGUUGAUGGGUCACCCAACUUGCCAACAAUGUUCCUACCUUUUGGGGAUAGAGAAGUACUGAACCCCCCUUCUGAGGAUGGAAGCUCUGAUGUUAUUUACUUGCAGCAGACUUUUAAAUACUUUGGACGAUCAUACAAUCAGAUUUUUGUGAAUAAUAAUGGCUAUCUAACAUUUACUGAGCCAUUGUCCGCCUACGACCCCUCUCUGGUUUCCGCAAGAGACAUCAUUGCUCCUCUUUGGACUCGCCUUGACAAUCGACAGGGUGGAACCAUCUCUUAUCGAGAGGAUACACGCAGUGCUGUACUGGCACAAGUCACUGCAGCUGUUAAGCAAUACUUCCCUAACAUACCUUUUGCUGCUACGACAGCGUUUGUCGCUACCUGGGACAGUGUGCCAUACCACAAUGGUGGAGGGGUGGUCAGCUUCCAAGUGGUUUUAGCCUACAAUGUUCAUCGCUCCUUUAUCCUGAUCUAUUAUGGAGAUAAUGCUGAAACAGGACAACCUUGGCUGGCUGGUUACAGUACAAUGGACUCGGUCAGUUCUUUCACAGUUCCAGCAGCAGGUGUCCCAGAGCUCUCAUCAGGCAGCAAUAUCAAUGUGAAUGGUUGCUGGUCUUUCAGUGUUGAUGGCUCAUCCAACUUGCCAGUUAAUUUCCUACCUUUUGGAAAUGAAGAAACUGUAACACCCCGUUUGGAGGAUGGAAGCUCUGAAGCCAUUACAUUGCAGCGACCUUUGAAAUUUUUUAGACGCACACACCAUCAGAUCUUUGUGAACAACAACGGCUAUCUAACGUUUACUGAGCCACUGUCUGCCUAUGUCCCCAUUCUCAAUUCUGGAAGAGACAUCAUUGCUCCUCUUUGGACUCGCCUUGACAAUCGACAGGGUGGAACUAUCUCCUAUCGAGAGGAUACAAGCAGUGCUGUACUGGCGCAAGUCACUGCAGCCGUUCAGCAAUACUUCCCUAAUAUACCUUUUGCUGCUACAUCAGCUUUUGUCGCCACCUGGGACAGUGUGCCAUACUAUAGUGGUGGAGGGGUGGCUACUUUCCAAGUGGUUUUAGUCUCCAGUGUCCAUCGCUCUUUCAUCCUGAUCAACUAUGGAGACAUUGCAGAAACAGAACAAAUUUGGCAGGCUGGCUACAGCACAGUGAACUCUGUCAAUUCUUUCACAAUUCCAGUAACCAGUGCCCCAGAGCUCUCUUCCAGCAGCAAUAUCAAUGUGAAUGGUCGAUGGUCUUUUCAUGUUGAUGGCUCACCGAACUUUUGUGAUACUUUAGGCUGCACUGGAAAUGAGGUUUGCCGUUUUAGAGAUGCCUAUGGCUGUGGUUGCUUAGAAGGACAAAGACCUAAUCCUAAAACCUUUGAUGCCAUUGAGUUUUGUGCCAGCAGCACUGGCACAAUGUCUUUAUCCCGUUGCCAGCUCUUUGAAUCUGAUGUUCCUUUUGAGACCCUGCAUCUAAAUGACCCCAGUUGCUCAGGGACACUUGAAAAUGACAGAGUUCUGUUUCAUUUUGACAAUGAAGGCCACGUAUGUGGUACCACUUUAACGAGCAAUAGCACUCACUUCAUCUACCAAAACUCCAUUCAGUCUAACUUGCCAGCGGGUGUUAUUACAAGAGAGAGAUGGAUGAACAUUGCCUUUUCUUGUGCAUACCCUCUGAUCCAGACACUGUCUAUGCCAAUGGGCAUCAAAGCUGAACAGGGUGUGGUAAGCAUAGACCUUCCUGGCCAGGGCACAUACCACAUUCGAAUGAUUCCUUAUAAUGACGCACAGUUUACCAGCCCAUAUGAGGGGAAUGUAGAAGUGCAGGUAAACCAGCAGAUAUAUGUGGCGGUUGAGGUGGAAGGAGUGGAUAGAAGCCAGAUUGCAGCAGUUCUGGACAACUGCUGGGCCACACCAGUUAAUGAUAGUGACUUUCAAAUUCGCUGGAAUCUGAUUGUUAGAGAAUGCCCCAACCCUGAAGAUGGUACAGUGGAGGUUUUACAGAAUGGUAUUGACACAACAAGCCGUUUCUCCUUCAGGAUGUUCACCUUCACAAGAGCUUCCGAUCGUAUCUUUUUGCAUUGUCAGGUUCACCUCUGCCUAGUGCAGAAUGGCAGAUGUGCACAGUCAUGUCACCCUGGAAAUAGACGCAGAAGGCGCAGAUCUUUGGACUCCUAUCACUCUGCAGCGAUCACCAUGGGUUUUUAAAGCUGUAAACAACCCUGCUUGAUGAAAGAUGAAUAACACCAUUUAGAUAAUUUUGUCAUUAUAAAGAAAUCAUUAAUCGAUAUAGUGAACAAUACAUUUUUUAAGGUGGGACUUGUGAUUACACACUUGAUUUCUA